CGAGAAUUUUUGGCAGUUUAAUAUCAAAGGUAUCUUUAACUUUCUUUCUUUUGGAAUAGAAGAUUUCAAGGAAAGUGGGAGCGACAUUCCGCUUUCGUUAGCUGGAGGUUUAUUUGAGAGCUUGACUGUGUUGCUGGAUGGGGAGCAGAGACCGUUCACGGUCUCGGGACAGGCGGCGCUCAAGGUCACGAGAGCGGUCGCGAAGAUGGGACCGGGACCGUAGGUCACGUUCCAGGUCACGAGACCGGCGACGCAGCCGGAGCAGGAGCAAAAGUCGCAGCCGGAGUCGUGACCGGGCGAAGUCUUUAGCUUACGAUGCAAGCAUUAGCGCUGUUCAGGCAAUGGCAGCCUUGCAACAGCAGCAACAGCUCCAGCGGCAACUUCUCGCGCAACAGCUGCUAUUGCAGCAGCAGGCUGCUGCGGCAGCGGCGGCCUUGGCGCCACCGGUGCAGCAACAGAACACGAGCACAGCAAAUGCAGAUAGAAAGGCCCGCGAAAUCUACGUGGGCAACCUUGCCAUUGGAGUUGUGACUUCGGACAUGUUGCGCGAACUGUUCAACACAAUCUUGGCCAACCAGGUCCCAGACCCCGCGAACGCACCGCCGGUGGUCAACGUGAACUUGGACUCGGCAGGUCGCUUUGCCUUCGUGGAGUUCCGCACGCGAGAGCUCACGGAUGCCGCAAUCCAGCUGGAUAAGCUGGAGUUAUGUGGUCGGCAAAUGAACAUUGGCCGGCCCAAGGGUUAUGUGGCUAUGCAAAUGCAACAGCAAACAGCAUUAGCUCAGGUCCCUAACCAGUUGGCUGACGCCGCGAAGUUGGGCCAGGCGCAGGUGCUGGCGGCGGCUCUGGCGGGUGCAGUGCCCGCGUCCGCUAACACGCUAGCUGCAGCCGCAGCGACCCUGACAGUCAACACCCCCACCAAUGUGGUGCUGUUGGAGAACAUGGUGUCGUGCGGGACCAUUCGUGAUGAGAACGAGCGCAAGGAGGCUGGUCGCACAAACAUGGGUUUGGACCCGUCAGCGGGGCAGGCGGGCCCCGACGCGACAACGGUCCCAGCGGCCGGUGACGGGAGGUUUUGCCUCAGUGGGAUACUCGAGGACGUACAACAGGAGGUCGUCAAGUGCGGUCCCGUAAUUGGCCUGGCUGUACCCAUGCCACCAGCCCAUGUCACCAACCAGGAAGCCAGCCGCGUAUACGUUAAGUACUCGACGGCCGCGGAAGCGGCUCGUUGCCGUACGAUGAUGGACGGGCGCAAGUUCGAUGACAACGCCGUCAAGGCCACAUUUGUGACGGAGGGCGAAUUCCUGCGCGCCCAGGCGGGAGAGUGGGUGGCCAAACCGGGGUUAUUAAUGCCGGCAGGUGUACCGGCAUUGCCAGCCGUCGCUGCUGGCCCAGCUGCUGCGCCAGCACUGCCUGCGGCGACGGGCUUGGCAGGUCUGGGAGCUUUGGGCGCGCUGGGCGCGGCACCAGCUGCUCCGCAAGUGCCAGGUCACGUGCCAAUCCAGCAGACAGGCGGUCUGGUGUUGCCCCCGGGGUUUACACUUCCAGCGGGGUUUACGUUGGCAGGGGCUAUGCCUGGGCUCGGAUUGCCGAAGUAAGCUGUGGCCAGCGAAGUUGUUUCGAGGUAGUUGCUAGCAAGACAUGCGACGGUGAGAGGUGUGUAGGUUGCGGAUAAUUUAGGGUCUUUUAGGAAUCGGGUCCCUUCAUGUACGGGUGAUAUCAAUGGUUGCGUCGGUAGACAUAGGCAUAGCCAUCACUCCCGAGUAGCUCCUUGCACGUUACAUCAGUUCACCUUUGAGGGCUAGGCGAAAGGGGUAUGCGCCACAAAGGCGUACUUGGGUUCCCUAGCAGGCGCGGCCGUUGUGACGGCUCUGGGCGCAGCUUGGAACACGGCUGUAAGGAAGGUUGUCCAG